AUGAUCAGUCAAUCGGGUGGAGAAAGAACAGACACUGCUGCAGCCCUCGUCAAUGAGAUAAUUGAGACUUGGGUUACGCACCUCCAUCAGAUGGCGUUCUGCCUGGCUGAGCUGCACUUGUGGUCCACUAAGGGCUCACUUCAAGUUAAAGAUACAGAUAUUGGCACCUAUCAGUACUACGAUAAAGGAGAGCCAGCCAUUUCCCUGGAUCAUCACUACUACAAUGACAAACUCCAGUUCUGUGAAGCUCGAGGCUAUUCGUGGACUCCCAGGAACCGCCGACCAGAAAAGCUACGCGAUUCGCUGAAGGAGUUGGAGGAACUGUUGCAGACCAACACCUGCAUUCACACCAGAUGGAGAAACAAACACUGCUGCCAGGUCAUGCUCAGCAGUGGAGUGCUGGUGACCCUGACUGUACAAGGACCUCAGCUCGAACAAGUGUGUAUAGACCGUACAUUAGUGGGCCGACUACCAGCCAGCACGGUGACGCAUGCGGUGCUGAGCGAUAGGCUGAUUCUGCUGUCCUUCCUGGAGCAGAGCCAAGUGGCGGCAGUCUACCUGAACAAAAAGACCCAGAACUCCCCAGAGACUGGCAGGCGAACAGACAAACUCUCACCCUCUGAAAUCAAGGUGGUAUGUGUGGAGUUGGGCGGGUGUGGUCGUAGGCUCCACAGACAUGUAGGUCUCAACAGUGUCCAGGAUGUGGCGCUCUGCUGGUGGAACCAGGAUGAGUCCAGUGAGGAGCUAUGGCCCUGGACUCCCACAGAUACACACAGGAAUAACCUUGUCCUAAUCAGCUGCUCACCUGCUGAAGGCCUGAAGGUCCUAAGCUCAGUCCACACUGAAGGCAACCCUCUGGACUGCCGCUUCAGCCUGCUCCAGCCCUACCAGGUCCUAACAGUGGAGUUACCUGCAGGGCCUCAGGGAUUCAGAGAGGAGUCCUGGGCUGAUACCUGUGUGUAUGAAUGUGCACGAGGACGCCUGCACCGCCUUUCAGUCACCCGAAUCCCGCUGUCAUCUCACCCAGUCUCCUGCUCGCGUCACCCCUCUGAGACCACUCUGCUUCUUGGCUUAAGUGACUCCUCCUUAGUCCUGUACGACCAACGACGCGGGAUCUCUUUCCUAGCCUCAUGCCCCGUGCCGGCCACCCUCCUCGCCUGGCACCCUGCUGGGGCUGUUGUCAUGGUAGGGGGAGGACAGGAGGAGCUGAUGUGCUUUGAUGUGGGCUUGGCACCUGUAAAUAUGGCGCUCGUAUCAGAGGAGGUAGCUUCAGCUCCCACGUUAAGACUAGCUCAGCACCUGCGCUGUUCUGGAGGCCUGGCAGGACUGCAAUGGGCGACUGGCUUGGAUGGAGGCCCAGAGGGGACAGAUAUGCUCGCACUUUCUUUUCAUGGUGGACCACUGGCAGCUUUGAGAUUUAGACUAGGAGCUCUCACGGGGGGACAGAUGGGUCCAGGGGAGCUACUGCAGCAGAGGCUACGUUGUGGUCAAGUCAGAGAGGCACUGGGCAUACUAGAGGCCAUGGACUGGAGCACCAUGGGGGAUGAGAUGUACCGAGGCCUGAGCUCAGUCACUAACCACCUGCUGAGGAUGGAGCUGAACCCAGAGAGAGAAGCCCAGCUAGAAGCAGCUCUGGGUGUGUUUUAUGCCCCACCUGUGCCUCUCUCUGAUACAGUAAUACUGGAGUACAGGGAGCCAAUCAGCAAGUACGCCCGGCGCUUUUUUCACCACCUCCUCAGGCACCAGUGUUUCGAGAAGGCCUUCCUCCUCGCUGUAGAUUUAGAAGCCAGAGAUUUAUUCAUGGACCUCCAUUAUGUUGCCAGUGAUAAGGGCGAGCUGGUGCUAGCAGAUGUGGCCAAGAGGAAAGCUAAUGAAAUCGAGGCCCGGACCAAUGCAGGCAACGAAGAUCUUCAGAGAGGCAGAAGUGAUGCCUGUGGUUCCAGCUUCAGUGACCUUCAGGUAGCGAGGACGCAAAGUGUAGCGGACCCUCCACGCUCCCCAUCAACACAUGCUGAUGGAGCAGCCAGUCGGAGGAGACAACAACCAGAGACCUUACAUUUGACCGUCAACCCAGACGUGCUCAGGAUGCUGAAACAAACAGGAAGCAGCAGAGCUGACGGAGACGGAGUGAAUGAUGAUGACGACGACCCCGGGAUGCUUCAUGUGGUUCAUUUAGGGAUGGUUUGAAAAGACUAACGAACAACAGAUAAGACUUUAUUAAUCCCAGAGGGACACAACAUCUCACCAAUAACAAGCACAGUAGUUACUUUGCUUGAAGCUUAAUCUAUAAAGGGUUUAAAAGUCCCCUCAUUCACAGCCACACAUGGAAAACAGUUUAUUUUUUUAUACCUGUCAUAGAACGUUUGUGAAUUUCAGCCAAAUCAUAAACAUGAAAUUCACUGAAUUCAGCUUAUUUCGUGUCUUUGUGAAGUCUAAACCAAAUGAACCCUUGAAGGAAACACUUACCUGCUUCUUCUUUUAAAAACACGGCAGAAAAUGUUUAAAACCUUUACAUUAAUCAGCCUGAAAAAAUAAAGACUCCCAUUUUACACUCAUCUCACUGAUAUUGGAUGUUCCAGGCUUCCUCUGCACGCGCAUGUGUGCGUGUGCGCCGAGUAGAUGUGUGUGUUUGCGUGUUGGCCGAGAUUACAGGCCGCAGUUUUAUUCAUGAACGGGAGCCAACCAGCGACUUUAAAGCAUCGCGCGGAGCCCCUUUCCUGAACAGCAGCCAUAGCCGUGUCAGAGCUGUCGACGCGCUGCGCUCACCGACUAAUCUGACAGCGCCGCGCGAGCCCUAAUCCCUCACUGUAUCGUAAUCUAUUUACUUUGCAUUCUAAGAGGAUUUCCACCAAAAAAUAUACAAGAAGCGAUGUUGGAAAUGGACAGAAGAUCAGCGAGGAUGCUUUUCUGCUGGGUUUUUUUUUUUUUUGUUUGUUUGUUUUGUUAGCUUUAAAAAAAUCAUUGUAUGUUUUUCGGGGAGUCAAUCCUCUACGAAAGGGAUGGGUGAAAGGAAUUACAUUUCUGACUGAUACUAAUACUUCUCUUAUGUAAACAUCAAAAUGUUAUAUUUCCCUUCUGAUGAUACAGUCACACUGCAGAGGCAGCUGGAGAUAAGUGGCAUCUGUCGCCGCCUUUAGUGCAUCUCUUGACACGUUUAUAAUUUACAAACCAAGGCUGCAUUAUCUCCUGAUUGUUUGACUUGACAGCUUGAAUAAAAACUGCAAAAUUGCUUAACAGGCAAACACGGGUCCCUCCCAUCCCUCCGAUGGCCUACACAGUCACCUUUUUGACAUGCAAACAGUGAAAGCUCAUAAUACAAAUGAAAUUUCAUAAUACAGAAAACAAAGUGGGAGACCAAAUGCUCUCCUCGGUUACCCUUUAAGCAAUUAUGUCAGCUUUGUGAAAUCCUAAAUAGUUAUGCUUCAUUUAAAAUGUGGCCAGCAGCUUUUAUUUAUGAAACACCGCCUCACGCUCCAAUCUUUGCCAUCCGAGAUGACUUGCAGAGAUAGGCUUAUUAGUGGUAUUAACAUACUGCGCGGCGUGCUGGAGCUGUGAAACGGCCUUGUUAACAUUUGGAAAUGAAUCAAGCCUCCAGCAUUUGCUAUUAUCCAGGUUAUCUGCCUAUCCCCCCCCCCCCCCUUCUCUGUGCAACAGCUGUGCUGUUUCUCUGCACUGCGUCUAAUGAUGGCCCUGAUUGGACUGAUACGGUUCCCCCCUCAGGGGGACGUUUGUAUGAUUUAUAGGUUUGUUUCUGAUCUCUGCGAGAGAAAUCCCUAAAAUAUUAUAGACAAAUAUGUCAAGACCAUUAAAGACAUCAAAGAGACAAGUUUACUUACAACGGAGAGUUUUUAGAAGGAAGAGAUUCCCUGAAAAACGAAGAAAUAUACUGACUAGUGUUACGGUUUCUCUUUGUUGUUGGUUCUCAGGUGAUUGAGAUGCACUUUGCUUAAGGAUCACACUGCGAUCGCUUCAUCGAGAAAAGUGCUCGGUUAUAGUUUAGCAUAUCUAGUUUUAAUAUCUGUUCCUGAAAAAGCCUCACAGACAAAAGCGUUAUAUCUUGGUUCUCUGAUUCGAACAGUUUGUUUUUCCUUUCUUUUCUUUUUUGUUAGACUAAACAAAAAAUAAAGCACGGGUAAAUAAAAUAUAUAUGAUCUGAUGGGUCCUGUUAUAGAUUCUGGAGACUUCUUAUGACAGCAAAUUAUACACACGUUAUAGUUUUAUCAGGCUGAUACUUCAUGAAUGUGGCUGAUUUUGUCAGAUUUUCUUACAAAGUUUUCUUUUGAUGUACACAUGAGCUGCAAAACACUGUUAGUUAUUUUCUUUAAAGAAAAUUGAAUUCUGAAAUCCCCAAAAGACGCAUUAGGAUUUGUCUUCUUUUGAUUUUAUGAGCUGAACUAACUCUCAGACUGAAAUAAAUGUGCAUGCAAAUAAUGUAAACACGUAUAGAAAUCUAUAUUUCCUCAUGCGUGGUCCAAGUAACUUUAUUUCUUUGCUGUGAGAUUUUAAUUUUGAAGGUUUACGGUCAUAGUACUGCAUCAUUUUUAUGCAUUUCUGCCCCUGGCAUCUGUUUGUGAAGAGAAUCUUGUCUCUGAAUGAAAAAGAAAAUGUGGCCAACACGUCAGACAGCGAUGCGUUGACACACAGAGACGACGUCCGCUGCGGGGAAGCGCUAAAGCCUGCAGGCCAACCAGCCCUCCAUUAAGCCCUCCCAAGUCUGGUGGGCUGCAAGGAGAAGACAAGUUGUAACUUGGGAUGAUGAGUCUGCUGCAUCCUUUGCAGAUGAGAUAAUGUAAGCACUCUUCAGAUACCUCUCUAAUCCAUCCCCUCCUCGUUGUGACGCAACUGAUGCAUGAGGAAAGAGGACAGGAAGUGGGGCUGUCAUCAGAAAAACAAAAGUCAGAUAUGAGGGGUGUCGUCCUUUGCAGAAAUCAGCGAGAGCUGCUUUCGCCGGUCCAAUCUUGUCUGAUUUCCCUCCAUCAGCCACUUCAAGGGAGGAAAAGGAGGAGGAAGGAAGUGCGUGACUGCUCAGCUGAUCUCAGAGCAGCACAAAAGCCUCCAAUCAUUUAAUUUAAUGGUCUACAGUAACAGGACUUCAGUGGAGACUGUGUUGGUGAUUAGCAAAACCCAAGUAAGAUAAUGGCAGCAGUGGUGUAGGAGGGCAGUAUCAGUGUAAACAAACAUCUAGUCAAAUACAUCUGAUUCUGCCCUGCAGUUUGGACUUCCUUUGCAUGUUGGCAAAAAAAAAAAAAGUUAAAUCUCAAUGUCACCAUUUUAUUCUACCCAUGUCAAUAAAAAUGCCAACUUUUCAGCCUUGUUGCCCCCAUCAGACCUCUUUUCCUUUGGCUAAUUCAGCACCACAUGCCCAUGGUUCAGACGGUGCAAGUUCAUUUGGUGUUUUGUGAAACUAAACUGAUGUGUGGCUGCUGGUUCUUGUCCCUGUGCAUGAGUUAACAGCAGUAUUUUAAAGAGCAGAAUUAGACUUCACAGCAAACGAAGUGCACGCAAGGUCCCAGGAGGUCAGGAGGCCACAGUUCUUGUCUCCUUUGUGAGCUUUUUGUGUUUUGCACUUCUUUGUUUUCACUCACUCAUUUGUUUAAUUUUCACUCGCUGGAUAGGUUUAAGAAAAUAUUGCGUUUAAAUAUGCUCCAUUACAUUAUAAACCCGCAGGCUCAUAGUGAUGCUUAAGAGUACUCAGCGCAUUUAAAUGGGACAUGGUUCCCACUUUUGCUGGUAAAGCUGCUGCUAAUUUCCUGUAACUUGCCGAUAAGUUCUGUGGUUUCACCCACCGUUCUGUCUCCAUAUACAAGUAGUGUUGAACCACAGAGCUCCAGCUGCCCUCAAAUACCGACUAGAAGCCUGUCCUCCAUUCCUGAUGUGAUGGUGUCAGGAGGAUCCACUGACUUAUUUUCUCCCAAAAUUGAAAUAUUUCCACAUCUUUUUUUAAACUUUGUCGAUUUCCAUCGCUAACAUAAAAAAGGGAGGAUUGUUAGAUGCAAUGCGAGUGAAUGAAAGUGGGUCCUUUUAGUUAUUAUUUAUGGGUGUAAAUUUGAAAUUAAGUCAUUAAUAUCAAACUUUUAUAUAGAAAAAGAUCAGAAGCAUGCUAGCUACUAAAUUUACCAAAUCAUCACGUGCAUAAGUGCAGCUUCACGUGGCUCCUAUUGUGGUUGUAAAUUUGUUUACCGGCCUUCAUCCUUCAUUAUAAUGAGGAUUCUUUGCAAAUUAGUACAAUAAGCCACCUGGGCCUACAGUGUUUCUGUGUAAAUGCACAAUUUUCUGCCACAAAAAGCAUUUUGUUUUUAAAUUAUGCCUUUUCAUGCUUGUUGUAAGAAAAGCUCUCACAAGUGUUGGAUGUCUCACUAGCUGGAAACUGAGAAUCACCAACAAAGUGACCAGAGCUGUCUACCUGACGUAAAGAGAGGUGACCAAAUUUCUCAGCACGCUUCAGGAUCAGGUAACCCGUGUACUCCUUUAAUUCCACAGAAAUGGGACGGCUAAGACUCGAUGUACAAAUUGUCCCUAGUCUGUCCUCUGCUGAACUAAACCUACAGCUCCCAAACCCAAGAGGAAUUUCAUGAAUGCUCUCAGUGCCUGGUGCCACAGGGGUGACUAAGCUGCUUUCACUCCACCAGCUCGGCUGCGCCGGCCGCCUGGACUCAGCUGUGAAAUCCUCGGUGGUACUCUCGGCUUCUUUGAGUCUCAAUGACGAACUCAAGGGGUUGAAGGGUUUUUAGGCCAGAAAACAUUUCAAAAUUACUAAAUAAACCAAAACAAAUCAACCAAGCUACCCUUUUUUAAAAUUCCCACACCUGAUGUUCAACUAAAGAAUUUAAAAGCAGGAAACUGAGGCCUUGCCUGACAAAGCACAGAAACCUGAGACGGUGGCCCGGACUACUCCCAUGUUGGUGUACAGUUGACCCCAGAUCAACCUCUCAGGUAAAUUUAAUCCUCCUCUGUAUCACCCUUCACUCUUCAUACCGGCCUAUGAACACAACAGGAUGCCAAGAUCUGGCGACAGUCGGCAGCCAAUGAAAGACAAGCGUGAGUGCUGUUUUUUUCCUGUCCUGCAUGGAAAUGGAAGACAAGAAAACAGUCCCAGCAUGCAGGCUGCUAUCGGUGCAUCUGCCGGGCCUUUCGGAUCUUUGUCUUGCGCACACAUACACACUGACUUAUCUAAGACCAGGAGUGUUCGCAAACCAAAUACUGGAGGAUCAGUCCGGUUUCUGUCUUUAUCUUUUCUGUCUGUCUCUUUUUUACUUUCCUAGAUACAAAUCUCAAACCACUCAUGCGAGGACCGUCCGGCAUGGUUCCAGUUCAUUUCCUGGACAAAGUGUGAACAAAGUGUCAACAGUUUCCAGUCCACCCACAUUCACACACCUUAACCGCAAAAGAUGAGAGGCCAAAAGGUCAAAUCGGCUGACAACAGGGGGACAUUGUGCUGCGAUCGAUCGUCCCGUUGAGCAGAAUAUGAAGGUGUCAGACCCUCAAAAUCAGGCUUAUACAAACACUGGUCACACUAAUAGUUCAAUAACACCCUUUUUAAUUAUUAAAAUAUCACAUAUCUAAUAUACUCCUGCAGGAAAACUGCUCCAGCACUCUGUUUUUGUAUCUGUGGAUUAUUGUUUUAAGGCUUUAAUUCUCCCUGUCAGCAUUUUAGAGCAUCGCAUUGCCAACAUUCAGGUGAAAGAACUGAUUAUUUGUAGUUCUGCUUAUCCGUUAUGUUGAUUAAACGGUGUCCUCAAAACACCCCCAUGAUUCCGAUCAACUAAAGUCCUCCAAGAAUUCAAAAACUGAUUGCAAAACAUGUGAGAUGAACAAAGACAGAGACUGUUUGGCUGGAUGAUAUCAUAUAAAUAUAAAGGUUUCUCAUUGGUGGAGCUCAGGUGAGGCCAUGUUUUGUGUGUUUAGCUUUUCUGCACGUUAUUGUUGUGAAACGUGGGGAAAAUAUCAUUUGAAUUUCUGCAUUUUUCAGCAAAUUUCUUGUUUUAAUUUAUAAUAAUUUCUGUCUUAUUUUCAGGUCGAUAAAUAUUUCAGUCCAGUUUUCAGAUCAGUCAGAACAUUUUAGGAUUAGAAGACAAUGUUCCAACACAUUUACGUCGUUUUAGAACUACAUCAGGUGUAAAAAGAAGUGUGGUGCGUUUAAUGUUGUCUUAGGGAAAACGAACCACAUGUCUGCGUUGUUAAGUCAAUCUGAUAGCUUCCCCUGUAGUAUACAUUACUUGAAAAUUUUUAAAUCUUAGUGUGUGAAACAGUAGAAACAAUGCAAACUAAACAAUGUGGUUUUGUUUUUUCGACCUUUUGCUAAACAUUUAAUUCACCAUCACCUCCUUUAAGCUUGAACAGAACUGCACUUGAAUUCACUCCUGAUGGAUUUAAGCCAAAUAAGCGGUAAUUUUCUUGACUUUCAAAGGUUUGAAUUCCUUCGUUUGACACCAAAAUUAAUAAGUCAACAACUGAAACAGCAACACUAAUAUAUUAAUUAUUAAUUAAAACGAUCGGAUUAUUUUCCAGGAUUUUUGUAAAAACUGAAACUUCCUUCUUUUUGGCUCCUUUCUCAUUUUAGGUGGGCCAUUGCUGCAUUUUCGCAGGUGUAUCAAAGUGCUGCUUCGUGCUCUUUAUUGCUCUCUAACGCUGCGCAGAAUCAGAUUGCAUUUGCGGGAGUAGUUUAGCCUUAAAUCCCAGAUUUUAAUCCCUGCAUUGUUCGCACUGAGUCUGAUUACAGUCUGUUUUACACUCUGAUUUCCUGCUCGACUGUUUAAUUGGAACCGCGGCUUCGCUCGCUCAGAGGAAACUAGAUGAAAAGCGCGUCUUUUCACUCCAGCUCGUGUUUGAAGGUGAGCAGCUGCCUCACGAGAGACCUGUGGCUCCCACAAACUCCUUAAACCAUCGCGCAAGAGCGGCAGCAAAUAUUUGUUUGAUGCAAAUCCGAACAAAUCCGCCGCUCGCUGCGCUGUUUGCGCGUCUUGGCGCAAACACGUUUAAUGUCCUGGUCUGCAGAUAUUUAUUCAGCUGCUGCGAGACUCGUUUGCAUAAAGGGAGAGAUAGAGAAAUGGAGGGAGAGGGACAGAGUGGGAGAGGGCCGGCUGCAGCUGAAACGGACUCCACACGACCAGGAACCUGAAAUAUGUAUCGAUCAGACUGAUAAUCUGAUCAGGGCAACAGGAAAAAGAAAAAGAAUCUCCUGAAUUUUACCUUUUUAUGCUUCAAAUAGACUCAAUUUUACGUCGUGACCUUUCCUCACAGGCGGAAUAAAACUGCUUCUGUUUGUCUGCGUCGCUUUCAGAGGCCUUAAAGCGCCAGAACGACCCAGAUUUUACCGGGGGGGAAAUUCAAAGUCAAAGCAGUUUUUUU